GUGCUAGUGCUCGACGGACAGUGAAACGAUGAUGAACUUCGAAAAUGUACAGUGGAAUGUGACGGCGACGACAACUACUACCACGGUGGCUCCUCCGCGCGCAUUCACCAAUGCAACUUCUCACUUCUAGAGCACCUCUAGAUGUUGAGUUGAGCACAAAAAACAACAAAAACAAAUCGUUACGAAUUUGUCUCUAAAACAAAAACGAGAAAUACACAAAUAAUCGUCCCUCUUUUGUACACAAAAGUGAAUAAGCCAGAGAGUGAGACAAGCAUACGAGUGAAUAAAACAAAAAUACAACUACCAAACACCACAUACGGUAUAAUUCCUUUUCCUUCGAAUCAGAGAAUAAUCAAUUACAAGUGUCAAACGUGAACGUACGGAACCCGAACCGUCGUCGCUCGUCGCCGUGUGGUGAAUUUGUUCAUCUUUUAUUUUCUCCUCCUCUCAAAGCAGGGAGUGAAGAAAAAUUCAAAAGAAUUAAACAAAUAUAAAUAAAUAAAAUACCUACAAAUAUUUUCCACAACAAAAAUAUUACUUCAAUUACACGAAUUCCGAAAUUCAAUCUCACUAAAGUGAAAUAAUCAAAAUCAAAAUAUAAAAAUCUCAAUUAAAAUUAUUCGAGUGUAGAGAAAUUCAAAGGAGGAAAGAAAAAAUUGAUUCUUCCUACCUACCUACUUAUAAGCAAGUGCAUAUUUUUCUUUUUAUUUGUUAAAUAAAUUCUCUACCAGUUUCCAAGUGACAAGUGCAAUAGUCCAUAAAGUUUAGAAAAUUUAGUCCCGUUAGAAAAUUGUACAAAUAAGAAAAUUUCGUGAGGUGGAAAAAGAAAAAUAGAAGAAAAAAAUUCCAAUCCAAUUCCAACCGGAACGUAAAUUACGAGAAGAAAAAAGAAAAAUACAUAAAUCCAUGAAAACCUUUUUUGGAAAACCCCCUGUGAAAAUUUUAGUAAAUAAAUAAAAAUUUCUCUAUUCGCAGAGCGAGAAAGAGAAAACCCCAUCAUACAGAAAAAAAAGUGUGUAUGCAAGGUGUCCGUUCAAGUUCUUUCGUUCAGUAGAAAUAAAACACACAAUCGCUGUCUCUGUCCCUCUCAAAAUUAUUGCCAAGAUUCAAAACGCGUUGUCCCUUUCGAAAAAUCUAUUCACCCUCUCCCAUAUCGCUAUUUCAAAGGAAAAUAAAACCAUAACAAAACAGCUGAGCGCGCCGAGAACGAGAACGAGAACGAAAACGAGAAAAGAAAAAUUAUUAUACCCAGAGCUCGAAAGAGAAAAAAUAUUGUGAAUGAGUGUGAAUUUGUAGAAAGAAAAAUAAGCAAUACAAAAUAUACCCUCUCUCUUACCCAAAAUUGGAUUAGUGGAAGAGAGAGUGAUAAAAGUGUCAAAACAAAUUAAAAUUCGAAAUUGUUUAUAAAUAAAUAAAUUUACGCGAAAGAGAGAGAGAGAAAAAAAAGAGCAUUUAUUUAUUAAAUGCAUUUGUUUAUACUGCAAAAAUAAAAUAAAUCAAAGAAGUGUCAAAAUAAUAUUCCCAAUAGAAGUGUCAAGUGUCAACAUAAAUAUUAUACAAAAAGUCUCCAAUUGGGAGAGUUUAGUGUGUUUUUUUGUUUGUCGAAUAAGAAGUGUAAAUUCCAAUGAGUUAAGUGUGUAUACAACACGUUUUUGUGCGAAAAAUCUCUCUUUUUUCGCGAUUUUGCGUACUACAUCGCGAUUGUAUAUCUAUUUUGUUGUUGUGGAAUUUUUAGAAAGUUUCUUUUUCUAUUUUUUCCAAUCGUAUUUUAUUAAAAAAGAAUAAAAUCUAAAAAAGAAAAUGCAACCGUGAAUUGCACAUUGUUUUUAUUUUUUUUGGAAAAAAUAAGUCGUGUGUGAAUAGAUAAGUAAUUCACAAUAAGAGAAACAAAAAAUUAUGAGCAUUGAGGUUGUUGGUGUGAACCAAUCAUGGACACAGCUAUCAUCAUCAAUAUUGCUCCCCGUUUCAACAACAACAACAUCACCAGCAACAACACGAAAUUUAACAACAUCAGCAAAAAUAACGAAAAAAAUAACAUCACAAACCGCUCCACCACCAUCACUAUCGCCAACAACAUCCGAGAAAGCAAUAACAAUAACAGAAACCGAGAUAGAAACAAUCGACGACAGUGGCAACUCUCCGCUGUCAACAGUACCUCCUAGCGAUCCUCUAUCUGACAGUUGUCUUGCUGUAAGUAGUAUUGAGGACGACGGUCAAGAAAACGACGACGAAGAAGAGGAAGAAGAAGAAGACGAACUGUCACAACUGACUACCGCAACUGCUGCUGAUGACAGUGAUGCAGGUCAGCAACAACAAGAAGAAGAAGAUCAGCUGUUGUCAGUGACAUCAUUGCCGCCAUUGCCGGAUUUAAUACCGAUUCGUAAGGCCCAACAACAACAGUUACAAGGAAUUGAAGAUAGUUGUCAAGAACAAGAAGAAGAAGAGCAACAACAACAACAAACACAAUCACCAACAACAGCAUCAUCAUCUAGUCAAAUUUUAUCAAUUAGUAAUAAACGCACUGUGGGAGUGGAUGUAGAACAGGAAGAAGAAGAAGAAGCAGACGAAGACGACGGCAACACAACAACUAACAACAACGAAGAAGAAGAAGAAGACCCGCAACAUUCCACCUUCGAAGAAGCAACAUCAACAAGUCUAGCAACAACUUUCACAGUUUUAGACAAUCAAUCAAUAUCAACAUCUACAACAUUCAAUAUAUAUCCAACCGAUAGCAACAUGUCUCAGCAACAUUCUUCGUCAACGUCGACAAUGUUGCUUGAUCAAACACUAACACCAAUAUCGUCUUUGACCGGUCUCGCCAAGACCGGUGCCAAGAAACGCGGUAGAAAAAUUAAGACUGAGAUUGAAGAUCCCGAAUUGUGUCCGAUACCACAUCGCAAAUCCGAUCGCCGGAGAGUGGCUCGUGAUAUAUUUUUAGUCUUCGAGGAGCAUCCGGCGAAUAGGCGUCGCGGGAAAGGUGGCAAAGCUAAACAACCCAAAGCGCGUCCAAAACCUAAAUUCGCACAUUUAAUGACAGAGCCUAAGAGGCAGAAUAAGAAGAUACUAACAGCGGGUGUUGGAGCAAUGGGGACAGUGGCGCCAGUUCGGAUCAAAUCCGAGCCGAAGACCCCUACUACGACAUCAGCGAUACGUAAGAAUGCUUCAGCACUGCCAGGUGCAUCCUCAGCAACAAAAUCAUCAAAAACCCCAACAACAAAGACCACACCAACUAAAACUCCAACAACAACUAAAACAAAACCCUCGACAUCAUCAACAGUUCCUCGGGUGAAUCCGAUCUUUUUAUGGGUCAAACAAGAGGAUACCCGGAUUGUGGAGGUGCGCUGUGAGGAUUACGACAAACGAAAUCGCAUACGAUUGACAAAGACAGCGAAUGGCUGGCGAGCGAUACCACGGACAGAUCCAUCGUCAUCCCGCGUUGCCAAGCUUCUACCCAAUCCUGCAGUUAAAGUGAAGCAGGAGAUGGUUGAAGAAGCACUAGCUCUCAGAAAUGCUUCAGUUCCUGUUCAUACACAACAACCGCCAUCGCCUUCUCCGCCUCCACAACAAUCUGAACCACCUUCCUCCCCAGGUCCAAUUAUUCCCCCCUCAGAAGCAGAUGUGGUCGCUCCAAUUGAACCUCUUAAACCUCUUAAGAUCCUGCAGCCUGCGGAGCUUCUCAAAGUGUCACUCAAAAAUGCUGCCUCCCAUGCAGCCAAGAAGAAAAAGAAAAAGAAGAAGAAGAAAAAGCGCAAACUUGCAGAUGCUGCAGAUUUGAAAGAACAACAAAGAGAAGAAGAACCAGAGGUAGAGUUAGAGCCAGAAAACAACGUGAACUUGAACAUAAACGUGGAAGAAAACAGCAAAAAGCCAAUGGAAGCAGAAGAAGAAGAAGAAGAAAAAGAAGAAGCAGCAGAACAACUUCCACCAACAAUCACAGAGAAUCCAAUCAUAUCAACAGAACCAAAUCAUUUAGUAUACGAAAGCACAAAUCACGAACGAGAAGAGGUGGCAGUGGAAGAAGAACCAGAAAAGGAAGAAGUAAAAGAAAUAGAAGAAGAGGAGGACAUGGAAGUGGAAGAAGUACCAAUCUUAGUGGAAACUCCUCAAAUUUCCACAGAAUCUGAACCUAGAGAACAAGAAGAAGAAGACCUUGAAAACCUCAUACCACACUAUGAAGUAGAAGAUGAUGGCCAAAUGCUUCCUCAACACCAUAUGGAACCAAAUAAAGAAGAAGAUGAAGACAUUGAGGAGUUAAUACCAAACUACGAACAACAAGAUAAUGGUCUGAUGCUUCACCAGCAUCACCAUCACCACCACCAACAACACAUGGAACCAAAUAAUAACGAACCGACCGAGGAACUCGCCAAGAAUCUCACACAAAUCUCUGACGACCUCGAGUUGGACGAUAUGCCUCAAUUCAUGCGGGGGGUGAAUCCAAUUGGCCCACUACAACUUUGUCCAAAAACUGGACUUUUCAUCCAAAAGACUCCAAUUGUUGAAGAAGAUCAUGAGAUCGAUCGCCAACCAGAGCCCGAACCAGAUCAAGAGCUCAGUCAUCACGAAGAUCAUGGUCAUGAUGCUCCAGUGGUUCUUUCGGAUAGUUAUGACGAUUCCGACGUCGAUACCAAAAACCUUAAGGACCUCCUUGAUGAUGCAGACCUACUGCAGCAUUGCAGUGAUAACGCAAUGAGCGGAGCUGAGCUCCUCGACUCACUGGUGAAACGCGGUUGCGAGGACAAUCACAUAUCAGGCGAUGAGCCAUCGAUCAAGGAGACCAUUUGCCUGGAUGACUUCGAAAACGAAGACGAUGACGUUCUGUUGCAACCAGAACCAGUGGCUGACAUCAUUUCCCGGCUGGGUGGAUCGCUGGCAGCAUCACCCAAGUGUUUGUCGUUCAAUGAAGCCGGAGAAAUCGAAGACUUACAUGGCGAACUCUUCCAAUCGAACACACAGAACGAUCCGUUCAGCCGACACACCCUCGAAGAACUCUCGAUCACAAUCAAGGAUCUUGAGAAAUCAGCCGAAGAGAGCUACAAUUCACCUGUGAAACCGAAGCCCGCCGAGUCGGUGACCAUUGUGUCGCCGGAUUCGUGCGCCGAUGAAAUGCCAAAGGACCUGACCUGCAAGAAAUCACAAAUUUCUGCCGAAAAGGAGAAACCCCCUCAGCCAGCGCUGCUCGAACGCCCCAAUUCGAGAAGCUCUGAUGCCAUUCAAUCGCCACAGCCUAGCGGCCUGCCAGCGGUACCGCCUUCACCAGACUUAGUGCAUUCCAAUAAGUCGUCAAAGAAUGUCUUCCUCGAGCAAUUGCUCAACUCAAGUAAUUCGAUUAGUCCGAAGAUUUGCUCCUCAGUCACUGUGACUCCCAUAAAAAUUCCUAAUGCGCCUGCUAAGCAGCAACAAAAAGAACCCCUCGAUCUGGGGAAGCAUCGAAAGUCUGCGAGUCCAACGGUGAGUUGCUCCGAAGAAGCGAAACGCGUCCAAACGGUCACCAUCGAUGAAGAAAGUCCCGAUGAACCGCUGCAGAAGCGCAUCAAACGCGAGGAGACCGAAGAGGAUGCCUCCUCAGAAAAGAGUCACACCGAAAACCUUAUCGAGAUGUUAUCGUCUGGAAAGGACCCUGAUCCUCUUACACAAUUACGCUUGCUUAUACGAAAUCCUGAAUGGAAAGUACCUGAUCCUAUUCUUGUGCCAAAGGAUCGUUUAAGUGCGGUUUUGGCCUCGCCAGCCCGUGAAAUUCCACUCCUGCUCACAACCCGACCUGAACUCAGACUGCCAGAGGCUUUUGCAUACCCGGCUAUUCUUCAGGAUCCAGACAUUCUGGUUAUAUCGAUGGCUCAGUUGGAGACAAUUCUGCAAAAGCAGGUAGAGAUUACGAAACCGAAAGCGAAAACGCCUCCGAUUCCUCAGGUCACCAUAGAGGCUAUUCCAAAUCCUGCUAAGAACCGAGUUUCCGAAAAGCCUGUCACUGCACCAUCUCCCGACAUAACUGUCUCGAGUAAAAAGCCUGCACCGUCCUCCACGCCGCAGGCGGCCAAACAGAACAACUCCUUCUUGAAUCCUCUGAUGGGAGACAUCGAUGCGGCAACUUUGGCGGCCUUCAAUCAAAUGCUUUGGCUUCCGUACAUAGGCCAAAUGGCACCGGAAUUCAUCAAAGCUAUCGCCGGUCUUCAGAAUGGCAGUGGUUUGGCUGAACUUAUGCCUCUGCUGCAACAGCAGCAAAACGCCCAACACGCAACUCAACAGCAGCAAAAUCAAAAAUCCGCCUUCCCCACGCCGCCGCAGUUCAACCCUAUGGCUGCGGCCGCCGCCGCUGCAGGUCUUACUAACCCCAUGGCCGCAGCGGCUGCAUUCCAGAACCCCCUCGAGAUGGCCAUGUGGCAGGAAGCUCUUACACAAGCCCAAAUGCAGCGCAUGAUGAAGAUGAAUGCAUUGGCCGCCCAGCAGCGGGAUACUUCCAAAAAGCCUGCCAACUCAGAAGCGAAAGCCAGUGCCAACCGAACUCACUACGGUGCAUCCAACUCUGGCUCAAAGCAAACUCCUACCAAUCCUCCCCCGCCCUAUCAUCACCCACAAGCCAGUCAGUCUAAUCAGCGCCAUCAAGCGUCGUCAUCAGAGAAAAACAAUUUGUCUUCGUCGCGAUCGGUUCCAAAUCCCUUCUAUCGACCACCGGGCAGUGGCAACAGCGAUUCAUCGUCGUCGUCAGCCCAUCGCGCUAAACAGAAAACACAACAACACCAUCAAGACCAAAAACCUCGCGUCACGUGUAAGUCCCUGUCAAAUCUCUUGCAACCGGAACGCUUGUCUGACGCGAAAAUGUCUAAUCUCAUGGCCAUGCCAGGCUUCGAUUUUGGCUUUAAUGGCAGUGCAGGUAAUGUUGCCGCAGCCGCUGCCGCCGCUGCAAAUCCAUUCCAAUUCGCUUCUGCUGCAGCCGCUGCAGCAGCUGCUGCAUCAGCUGGCCGGUCCAGUGGUGCUGGGCAAUAUGGCGGCAUUAGCAGUGGCGGUGGUGGUGGUGGGGUUGGCAGUGUUGGUGGUAGUGGAAAUGGUGUUGGUGGCAACAGUAAUGGAAACCAUGCAGCAGCCUUACAUCGUAACAAUCAAUCAGCUUCCAAUAUGCAUGGCAAUCUGACUCCUAAUCAGCAACAUCAACAACAACUGCAACAGCAUCACCAACAACAAUUGCAACAUCACCAGCAACAACAACAUCAACUCCAACAUCAGCAACAACAACAACAGCAACAACACCAGCAGCAGCAGCAACAUCACCAACAGCAACAGGCUAAGCUUAAAGUUAAGCCUGGCUCGCAUCUCAUUGAUCCGGCUGCUCUGCAAAGGCGUUUGCUAAACUGCGAGGACAUGUCCGAAGUUGGUAGUACCACCAAUGGAUUGGAGGAAAUGAUGACGGACCCAAAUGCAGCCCUAUGGCAUCCCUUAUUUGGAAACUACUUAUAUUCUGUUUGGCAGCACUAAUUUCGAAAGCCAAAUUUUGAAUAUUGUCAUUUACACAAAAAGCUGGCUAUAAUAGCCCGUGGCAAUGGACGACUGUAACGGCAAGCGGCGAAUGACAUAUAGGGGCUCGCAAAGAGCCCGCACUCAAUGGUGGUGGUAAUCAAUCAAGUUCCAAUAGCCAAAACACCAAU